UCGUCCUCGUGUCGUGCCUCGUGGCAUCGCACUUUCCUGCGACAGCCGAGAGGUCUCUCGCAUCGCACUUGCGCAGAUCGCGAACCGACUCCACGUGGUCCCCCCACCACUCUCCACAGCACAGCGGAUCCGGAAUCCUCAACCCCUCCCAAUCACCUGCUCCUCCUGGCCGGCCGGCCGGCGCCCGUCGAUCGAUCGAAGCCCGGCUCAGAGCAGAUCCGGCGGGAGGGAAGGGCAGUCCAGUCACUGGGAAGGGAGGGGGAUGACGGGGGCGGCGUCGCAGGCUUACGGGGAGGCGUGGUACUGGGACGAGCGGUACCGCAAGGAGGCCGGCCCCUUCGACUGGUACCAGAAGUACCCCGCCCUCGCGCCGCUGCUCCGCCUCUACGUCCGCCCCCACCACCGCCUCCUCCUCGUCGGCUGCGGCAACUCCGUUUUUGGUGAAAACAUGGUUGACGAUGGUUACCAGGAUGUUGUCAACGUCGAUAUAUCAUCAGUGGUGAUUGAACAGAUGAAGAAGAAAUACCAUGAUAAGCCUCAAAUGAAAUAUAUGAAGAUGGACGUAAAAAACAUGUCAGAUUUUGAAACUGGUUCAUUUGAUGCUGUGCUCGACAAAGGAACACUAGAUUCUAUUAUGUGCGGCCAAAAUUCACAAGAGCAUGCAACAAAGAUGCUAGGGGAGGUCAACAGAAUUCUCAAGGAUACGGGGGUCUACAUUAUGAUCACUUACGGGGAUCCAAGUUAUCGAUUGCAUCUCCUGAAGGACAUGCAGAUUUGGACAGUACAGCUUCAUGUCAUAGCAGACAGAUGGGACAGAAGCUCCAAGCAGAAAUGGGACCUGACGAAGCCGUUGCCUCUACACGAUGACAGCACAUCGACCAUAAGCCUUCUCGGCCCGAAACCUGACGUUCACUACAUCUAUGUCUGUAUAAAGGGCGACAACGGUGCAAGGGCGAGCUCGAAGGCCGAGGCAGACGAAGCAGCCAGCUGAUCGAUUCCUUUGUAUAAAAACCACAUUUGGAUCAUCGUGUAUAACCAGUGUAGCGAACGAAUAAUGUAGGGAAGACCUUUCUGUAUUAACUCUCUUUUAACUGGCUUUGCUGCUGCCAACGGUCUAGCGAAAUUACAGCUGCUGUUGCCGGUUCUUACCAUCCUUGUGGUGCAAAUUUCCUUAAUUCCUGUUCUGUGCAAA